AUGACAAGCCGACGCAUACCGUGGCUGCUGCUGGGUCUGGCAUCCGUUGCAGCGUACGAGGUGCCCGUACGUGACACCGACUAUUCUCGCCAAGUAUGCACUGGGAUGUGGGGUGGCAGCAACGCCCAUAUCAAUGUCAGCUUUGAUAGCACGUCCCAGGGCCAGCUAGCAAUGGUGAUCUACGAGUGGCGCGACAUGGAAUACUUAGGGAAAGUCACAUCUAUGACAGACGACUCCCUCCCUAAAACAUACGUGUGUACCUCGGACGCGAUGCGUAACAACUUCUGUAACAGCUCGCAACUGGGUCGCUUCAUCAUUGACCUCCCCGAGGGUAAAUCUGUAAACCAGACCAGCUUCUGGUCUGCGAGAGUUGGCUUCGGCAGGCCGAGCGGCUCUGGCACUCCUUCGGAUGUAUCCACCACCGAUUUCUGGGACAAUCCGGACGGCAACCCUGUUAUCCCAGAGGAUGAGAACACAAAGUAUACUUCCCCAUGGCUUUCUCGUAGCGCCCAUGACGCUGCUCUCGGUAGUCUUGGUUUCAUGUCUCCGAAGCGAAGAGAUGAUGCUCUGAACCCGUCCCCGAGCGGAAUAUUGUGGUAUCAGGAUCCGAUACAAUAUCAAGUAAGAAAGACCGGAUACUACUGUGUUGCCAUGGUGCCCGUCACUGUCCUGUCUUCAUCCGAAGAUACAACAGAUGUGCCAUACCAUCCAACUUACAAUGGCGUUGUCCUCUUCCAAAAUACCUUCAACGGAAAACUACCUGCCACUGAUUACCCCAAAGUGAACUUCUAUCUUGCUCUUUUCUUAAUCUAUUCCAUCCUCGCCGGCAUUUGGGGAUGGUUAUGCUAUACGCAUGUCCAUGAGCUCCUACCCAUUCAGUACUAUCUCUCAGGUCUCGUCGGCUUUCUUGUGGUGGAAAUGCUGGCGAACUUCGCAUACUAUAGAUACUUGAACGCGCAUGGCAAGGGCGCUGCCUCUACCGUUUUCUUGUUUGUCGUCGCGAUUCUUGAUGCGGGCAGGAAUGCCUUGUCGUUCUUCAUGCUGCUAGUCGUGUCUCAAGGUCUUAGUGUCGUCCGUGAGUCCCUUGGCCGGACAAUGCUCAAAUGUCAGCUAUUGGCUGGCGCGCACUUCGUCUUCGGUGUACUUUACGCAGUGGGCAUUGUAGAAUUAGAGCUGGAGUCAACCUCUGCUCUCGUCCUGCUGCUCUUCGUGAUACCCUUGGCAUUCACGUUGAGCGGGUUUCUUGUGUGGAUCCUCUAUUCUCUGAAUCAUACGAUUGCACAAUUGAAAGCACGCAAGCAACGCUAUAAGCUAUCCAUGUUUCAGAAGCUACACCGAAUCCUCAUGGGCACGGUGCUCGUUAUUAUCAUUUUCUUCGCGGUCUCUACCUUCACCUUUUCCGAGCGUCUAGCCGAAGACUAUGCUGCGAAGACAUGGAGAGUACGAUGGUGGUUGCUUGACGGCUGGCUGGCGUUGUUAUAUCUCGUUGUUUUCGGGUCAAUUUGUUUCUUAUGGCGGCCGUCGGCUAACAAUAGAAGAUAA